AUGGAGAGGAUCAACAACCGAAGCUCCAAUCCCAGCUCUCGCGUCCCCAACGAAACCAGCAUGGCAAAAACACUGAGAGAAAUCAUCCACGAUGAGCACGAAGAGACCGAGAUGCCCGUGAAGCUAUCGCUAAUGGCGCUACUGGCGGACGAGGACGAAUUGGAAGAAGAACAAGAACAAGAACAAGAAGGGAAGGAAGGAAAUUCAUUGGAAAACGACGGGGAAUUUGCGUCUGUGUGCUGCGUCUGUAAGGUAAGGAAUAAAGGCGCGGCCUUUAUCCCCUGCGGCCAUACAUUCUGUCGUCUCUGUUCAAGGGAGCUUUGGGUGAGUAGAGGAAAUUGCCCUCUCUGCAAUGGCUUCAUUCUUGAUAUCCUCGAUAUCUUCUGA